UAACUUUACUUGUGCUGGCGGGAGUCCCAAACAUAGGAAAUCUCAGUAACGAAAAACGAAACAACAACAUAAUUAAUACGUGGACAAGAGAAAGAAAUACCCUAGUGAUUAGUUGGUCUAACGGAUUUCUUGAUUUCAUCGUAUGCAGACUAUCAUUUGCAAGUUUGAAAAGACCUUUUCAGUCUGUCACAGAACCUGAAGUUUGCAAUGCUUUCCUUAAAAAAAGUCACUGUUUCCUUUGUAAGACUCACGCCACAAAACAGAAGUACCAAGAUCAGGAAUUAUGGCAGAUGAUUGUGACUUGGAUGAGCUGGUGGCGUUUCUUGAUGAGGAUUCCAAUGAGGCUUUUGGCAGUGGUGAAGAGCCUGGGGAAGGUAUGACGAAGGGAAGCAGCAAGACUGUUGUGACAGAGGAGAUGGAUGCUGAUGCCGAGAUUCCAACUCUUGAAAAAGAUUUGUGUGAAGCAGUAGUUCCCAGCGCUGCUCCUGCUACUGACAGUAAUCAGACGGAAAAGGAUGAUUGUGAUCCCGAGUCUAUUGCUGCAUUUCUUGGAGAAUCUGAUGACAGUGAUGAGGAAUUUACUCUGGACUCAAAAGACAUUGCCAAACCAGUGAAGCAGCCUGAUGUCAUUGCCCCGACUGAUCCCAACACAGCAGCUCUGCAGGCGGAGCUUGCAGCCAUGCAGAAACGUGAUGAUGGAACUCAGCAGCAGCUGCUGUCUCAGUCCUCAGCACAGACACCAUCGACAACGAAGACAUCAUCGACAACUCACAAACCACCCACACCACAGACUCGGCUCACAGAUGAAUCUGAAGAUGCGAACCCAUUCUUCCCUACCAGCACGUCCCAGAAAGAGAAGAAAAGUUCUAAGACUCCUGGUCGCUCACCAGGCCAGCGGCAGGUGGGGAGUAAUAGACUGACUCCCAAACAGUCUGCCGCCAAGCCCUCCUGUAUAGAGCAGGCUGAUAGACAGGCCAUGAAGAAAGAUUUGUUUGGUGAAAGUGACAGCGAGGGGGAAGAUAUGGAUGGUGAGAAGACUGGUCUCAGUGCUCAGGGCAGGGAAAUCAAGACUCUUCUGAAUGCAGGACCCAAACACAGAGAGGCACAUAACCCCAGCUUCACCAUUCAAGCACAGAAUGAACCAGCACUUAACUGGAAGACCAAGAACGUUGUAACUAAGGACAGCCUCAAUCGGAUAUCACCUCCUGCGUCUAAGCCCAGUAGCAAGCCAGAAGAGAAGUUCAUCGUUGACCCUUUUACUGGCAUCAGAAUAGUGCGACCUCUCGUGUCAUCAGGGGAAAUGGAGCUGAAGAUGAAAAAUCGCAAAGUGAUAAAACUUUCCCGCCUCCACCUCAAAGUGAACACUGCUGACCUUCAAGGUGAUUGGGUCACAAUUGGAGUAGUUGUGCAGAAAACUGAACCAAAGACAUCUUCAAGUGGCAAGACAUACUGUAUAUGGAAGCUGUCCGACAUGGACAACUGUGAGCAGAUGGUGAGUUUCUUCCUGUUUGGCCAGACCUACAAGGAACACUGGAAGAGUGAUGUGGGCUCAGUUAUUGGAAUACUCAACCCCAGCAUCAUGGACAAUGCAGAUAAGGGUAACAAAGAUGUGGCUUUCACCAUCAACAACCCCAAGCAACUGUUACACAUGGGCCGCUCGAAGGACCUCGGCUGGUGUUCUGGAAGGACGAAGAAAGGGAACCAGUGUAACCACUUCAUAAACAAGAAAUAUGGCGACUUCUGCAACUACCAUGUUCAGUCUGCCUACAGGAAGACGUCUGCUACUAGGAGUGAGCUGCAGGGCAGUGUUACUGGUUUGACUCCAAAAUCUUUUAAAGACAAGCUUCUCCCCAAGAAAGGCAGCCACUUCUUCUAUGGUGGACAAACAUUUACAUCAUUGCCAAAUGUGAAGACAAGUGCUCCCAAGAAAGACCGUGUGACACUAGGAAAACUGCAAGUUGAGCAGAAGUUGACAAAGAGCAAGGUGACAACAAUGUCCCUCCACGAACUCAAGACUUGUGAUCCAGCCACAAUGAAAAAGGCAGCAACAUCAGAAAAAGAACAAGCCUUCAUCGACAUGAUUUCCACUCCCACUGUGGGCUCCAUGAAUUUGGUGAAACACUUAGUGAAACAAGAAAAAUCUGAAAAGGUGAUAAAAGAAAAGUCAGUGGUAAUAUCAGUUACGCCCAAAGAGAUGAUCCAGCAGCACAAGAAGGAUAUGAUGGAGAAGAGGAGAGCGAGGGAAGCAGCGACAGCAGCCUCCUCCCCUCGUCCCACAGUCAACCCCCUCAAGGCCACGCCCUCCAUCGGGAAAGGUCUCCUGAAUGGGCAGGAUGUUUUUCUGGAUUUCUCUGCCAACAGGAAACCUUUUGCCGCGUCACCAGCUAACAAGCAGGUGGAGCUUGCAAAGCGUAAGGCAAUACAGAAGAUCCACUCCAAGGGUGGAUUAGCGAAAGAAGAUCCAAAUUCAGUGAUGAAAAAGUCUCCAAAUGCAGAGAAAGUGAAAAAGAGAGUGCUGGAAAACUCGUUAACAGAGGAUCAACCUGACAAUGAUAAUGAAUGCAAGGAACCACCUAGAAAGCGGUCCAGACUUCUCGGCAAUGUUGAUAUUAAUUCGGAAGAAUUUAAGAAACUGUUGAAAACAAAAUCUGCUCAUAAAGGAGCCCUGGCUGAGGCUGAGGCUGAGCGGGAGGAGAAGUAUUUCACUGAACUUGAAAAGAAAGAAAUGAUGGAAGAAAAAAUGCUGGCAGUUACAAAGCUGGAAGUGACUGUCGUUACCUGUCGCCAGUGCAAGUACACAGCCUUCUCCGCCACCGACGCCUGCAAGAAUGCUCGCCACGAUCUUCAUCGCCAUAAAGGCAUCAAGAGCUUCUUCAAGUGUAAACACUGUAAACAUAGAACAGUUUCCUUGGACAAAUACCCUAAGGAUGCCUGCAAAAAUUGCGGUAGUUCAACGUUUGAAAGAACUUCAAUGGCACGGGAAAAGACCGGUCCAAAGUUGGAAAGCGAGACACUAUGCCUGAGAGGUGAUGAGGUCAAGUUCCUCAGCAGUUUGGGAGGCCAGGUCUUCAUGAACAGCUGAGAGGAUUGGGCUUCUAAAGUACAAGGACAGCUUGAGAAGCAGCUGAAUAUCACCCAGGUCUAACAGAACAGAAAGUCAUUUUAGAAAAAAAUCUUAGUUAAUGGAAUUGAAAAAAAAUCAGAGCAUACAACUUAUUUUCUCUGGAGAUGAUCAUACCAAGGACAUACAUUUACAAUAAAAUCAUUGCAUUUAUCUGCUGUUUGCAUGGGGAUAUUUUUGCAUUGGAAGUGUAUGCUCACUUAGAUGUCAUUAUCUGAAGGAACAGGUGUCGUAUGUAAGUUUAAUGACUGGAAGGAAACAUCCUUUAUGAGUUUUUCUCUAUUAUUUGUACAUAUUUGUAAAAAAGAUACUCUUUUAUGAAAUACAAUAUUUUGGAAGAAUACAUAUUUUCUGUACAAAUAUACACCUUUCUAAUUGUAAAUAUAUAUGUUAUAACAGUUGUUUGUAAAUUAAUGUGAAAUAAACGUUGUGUAUGCAUGA